CCCACAUUUAUUAAAUUCGAAUCGAAAGCUCCCCCCUUUUCCAUUGAUGAGAGAGAGAAGCCAAGAACAACCUAAAGCCUAGCAGCAGCAGCAAGAGGAAUUUAAGGCCAUUAGAGAAAGAUAUUGAAUUCUUUACCCACACACGCCGCAUCCUAAUCUCCUGCCGGAAGCAAGCAACCAUGGCAUCGGGCCUCCUCCUCUUUGCCUCUUCUUUAUCUCGCCACUGCUAGCUGUUUGCUCUCUGCACAUUAGCUGUCCACUGGCAACGCCCCGCCAUCCAUGGCGGUCCGCGUGGCCGUGUUCUAGGCGAGAAGCGACCGAGGAAGGCUACAUCUUGAGGGGAGAAUCAAGAACUGAAGUGGAAGGUGGUGGUGCUGGUGGGGGGGAGCCAAGAAUGGCGGCGCUGGCCGCCGCAUUGGCCGGGCUGCUGCUUCUCGCGCCCUUGCCGGCGCCGGCGGGAGCCACCACCGACUCCUCCGAUGCUUCGGCGCUUGGGAAUCUGUACUCCUCCUGGAACAGCCCGUCGCAGCUGGCCGGCUGGUCGGCCGCCGGCGGCGGCGACCCUUGCGGUGCGGGGUGGCAGGGGGUGACCUGCUCCGGCGCCGGCGUCACCGAAAUUAGGCUUGCUGGGCUAGGGCUGGAUGGUACUCUGGGAUAUGAACUCUCCAGUCUGUUCUCAUUGAAAACACUAGAUUUGAGCAACAACCACUUGCAUGGUUCAAUUCCUUACCAGCUGCCACCGAAUCUCACGUAUCUGAAUCUGGCAAACAACAAUUUGUCUGGCAACCUUCCAUACUCUAUAUCCAACAUGGUUUCAUUAGAGUACCUCAAUAUCAGUCACAACUCACUGUCUCAACAGAUAGGCGAUUUAUUUGGAAGCCUCAAUUCACUUUCAGAGCUAGAUGUAUCUUUCAACAAAUUGACAGGGGAUCUUCCCAAUUCUCUUGGCUCUAUGUCAAACCUUUCUAGUCUUUAUAUGCAAAACAAUCAAUUAACAGGUUCUGUUAACGUUCUUAGUGGUCUAAGCCUUACAACACUAAACAUUGCAAACAACAAUUUCAGUGGCUGGAUACCACAAGAAUUCAGUUCAAUCCCAGAUCUGACACUUGGAGGAAACUCAUUCUCAAAUGGACCUGCUCCCCCACCACCACCUUUUAUGCCACCACCCCCUAGAAGGCCACGUAGUCGGCCCAGUCAUCCUCGGGGAAGUGGAGAUGCUCCAGAAGGCUCAGUAAGCCCAGCUGGUCAAGGUGAUAAGAAGCAAGGUCUUCACACAGGCACGCUCGUGGGGAUAAUUGCCGGCUCAACAGUUGCUGCCUUGUGUGCACUUCUUCUUUUGGUAUUCUGCAUUUGCAAUGCUCGGAAAAGAAAGGAUGACACCAGCAGCAAUUCAAAAGAUUUUGUAGGCCCGCUAUCAGUAAACAUAGAGAGAGCUUCUAGCAGGGAAAUCCCAGAGCAAAGUCCUGAGAAUACUUCUGUAGCCACCAUGAAAAUUUCCCCUGCUGAGAAAAUGACUCCAGAGAGGAUUUAUGGCAAAACUGGUUCUAUGAGAAAGACCAAGGUCCCAAUCACUGCAACACCCUAUACUGUUGCUUCCCUCCAAGUUGCCACUAACAGCUUCUGUCAAGAUUCCCUUCUAGGAGAGGGUUCACUUGGUCGUGUUUACAAGGCAGAUUUCCCCAAUGGAAAGGUUCUUGCAGUUAAAAAGAUAGAUAGUUCAGCCCUUUCCUUGCAGGAAGAAGACAAUUUCCUUGAGGCUGUAUCGAGCAUGUCACGACUAAGGCAUCCAAACAUUGUGCCACUUUCAGGGUACUGUGUUGAGCAUGGGCAGAGGCUUCUUGUUUACGAGUACAUUGGAAAUGGAACACUGCAUGAUGUGCUGCACUACUCUGAUGAGAUGAGCAGGAGACUUACAUGGAACAUCCGUGUAAGGAUAGCACUAGGGACUGCUCGGGCAUUAGAGUACCUGCAUGAGGUGUGCUUGCCAUCUGUUGUGCAUAGAAACUUUAAGUCCUCAAACAUCCUACUCGAUGAAGAGCAUAAUCCACAUUUAUCUGACUGCGGGCUUGCUGCCUUAACACCCAACACAGAGAGACAGGUUUCGACCGAGGUGUUUGGUUCAUUUGGAUACAGUGCCCCAGAGUUUGCCAUGUCAGGAAUUUAUACUGUAAAGAGUGAUGUGUACAGUUUCGGAGUUGUGAUGUUAGAGCUACUGACAGGGCGGAAACCACUAGACAGUUCUAGAGAGAGAUCAGAACAAUCGCUUGUUCGAUGGGCUACUCCACAGCUUCAUGAUAUUGAUGCACUUGCUAAGAUGGUGGAUCCAGCGUUGAAUGGAAUGUACCCGGCUAAAUCCCUCUCCCGAUUUGCGGACAUAAUUGCUCUGUGUGUUCAGCCGGAGCCAGAAUUUCGUCCUCCUAUGUCUGAGGUUGUCCAGCAACUUGUGCGCCUGAUGCAAAGGGCUAGCAUUGUGAGGCGACAAUCUGGAGAGGAAUUGGGGUUUUCAUACAGAGCCCCUCCUGACCGUGAAGGCGACAUGAGAGACCUUUCCUUCUGAGAAGUUCCUUCCAUGGCAAAACGCGAAAAAAAAUGUUUGGAGGUUCAGUACAAGAAUUCAGACUACCCAUAUGAUGAACUGGUGAAAAUGCGAGUUGAUCGUACGAUUCAUGGUCGAAAUGGAUUUGAGAAGAUAAUUUUGGUACUUCAUUGUUCAAUUUUGUUCAUUCUUCUCCCCCAUUUUCUUCUUUUCAAUUUGUUUUUGGUUUCCCCAGUCAUUGUUCUUGAGGCCCAAAUCAAUGGCAUGUAUAGCUUCUUGGUCACUGACUCACAGGUAGGAGAAAGAUGGAAAAGAGAUUGAACUUGAGCUCAUGCUCAGCUGUGUCUAAGUGUUAUUAAUGCUGCAAAGCUCUUACACCU